AAAGAGUUCGAGAUGAUUUUGGUUAGUUACAAAGACCAAUAUAGUACUUAUAUCUGUAUACUAGAUUUUGAUCCGCGCUUUGAAAGCGCGGGAUUAUUUUGUUUACAAAACUUAGUUUAUUAUAAACUAUAAUUUCUAUCUAAAAUUAUAUAUUUUAAGUUUUAUUUAAAUAAGCGUUGGCAUGUCUCUCAUUUGUUUUAGAUUAUUUUAAAAGUUAAAAACUGAAACGGAGUAAUACAUCGUCUAUGUCUUGCUUUGGUCAAAUUUUAUUUUUAUAAUUUUUUUUGUCAUAAAUGAUAGAGCUAGGCAACAUAUCAGGACCCAAAGAACUGAAUCAAACCCGAUCCGAAGAGUAGUACCGAACUUAAACCAAAAUUGAUUAAUACAUGAUUGGGUAUACAAUUUAAUAUAGGAAGAACCAGAUUCAAACCCGACUCGAACAAAAUAUUUCGGGAACCAUAAAAUGCUCAAAACACCGGAAAUAUCUAAAAACUUGUUUUCCAUCAUAAUUUCCAAAUAAAUCCAGUUUUAUUUUAAUUUUAUAUAUUUACUUUUACAUUAUUUAAAUUUAUAUGUUUUAUAUUAUUUCAGUUUCGGGUUUUUAGAAUUUAAGGUACAUUUUAAUUUUUCAAUUGUUUACAUAAUUUAAAUGGAUACCCAAACCAAACCCGUAAUGUUUAGAAUAGGGUUUAAAUCUAUAAGCCUAAAAAUCUGAAAUCCGAAUAGACUCAAAUCAAAACCAAACGGAUCCUGAUUAAGAUAUAUAAGAUUAUGUGUUUUAUUUAUUUAAUAAUAAUAUAAGAUUAUAUUUUUAGUUUUUCUCCUAGAAUAUUUAAAUGUUUAUUUGGGUUUAUAUAGAAACCGUUUUUAACAAAAAUCAAUACCAAAUAUAUGCAACUAUAUAUACCGGGUUUGCUGACAUAUUAUAUAAUAUAAACGUGUUUUAAUCAUUUUUUAAAUAAUUUAAAAUUUUGUGCUAUAAUCAUUUUUAAAUAAGAAUAUGAGGAUAUAAUUAUUUUAGAUGUUAGUGCCCAAACAUAUUCAUUCAAUAAUAAUGAACAUCAAAAAUAUUCAUACCUAUGUAUUGUUAUGAAAUCCUCGUUUAUAGUAACAACUAUAGAUUCGGUAGAAUCAGGUCAUUAAUGGCCAAAGAUAUGAUCAUUGAUUUAUUUACGGUUGGUGACAUUUAAAUAUAUUGAUUAAAUCUUUCUUUAAGCUAGAUUUUAGGUUAUUUAUUUAUUUAUACUAAUUAAUAUAGUAAUGGCAUUUCAUUGUAAAUAACUCAAAAACUAAUGGCAGAAUCCUAGUAGGGAUUCUGCUUUAAUAGUAUAGAUAUGAUAUUUCUUUUAGCAUCUCUCUUUUUCUAAUUAAGAAAACAUCCAUCUUAAUAAAUUUGGCAUCAAAAGCUUCCUGAGUUGAAAACUGUAUCGGAGUGUUAAUCAAAUUUUCCCGAAUAAACCAUAAAUUUUGGUAAGCAAAGAUAUUAUAACAUUCCACUGGACCACAAGUAGUUUUCGGGUUGGCUUUUUAAUUUCGAUUUCUUGAAAGCUAGAAUUAGGAAAAUAUUUAAUUCCUACAAAUCUAUUUCAGUAACAUGCAAGCAGCAUGGUCGAAAUCUAUCGAAUUCGAAGAUGUAUCAUGUAAUGGGCGUAUUAACAUACUUGACAUUUUUCUCUUUUGAUUUGAUCUAAUUUCUAACCAGCCCGAUAAAAUAUCAAACGUUUGAAAAAAAAAAAUACAUAUAUAAGAACAUGAAGCUUUUUAAUUAAUUAAACCGGGCUAUAUAUGCAACAUUAGGUAAGGUACGCCUUGAUAAAUCGUAUCCAAAACUGUAUAUAAAUAAUAGAAUCCGACAAUCAAGCAGGAAUGCAGAAUGACCAUACCACUGGACCACUACAAAUUGAAGAAUCCUAGUUAAUGUUCCAGUCAUCGUUAUCAUAUGGCAUCACCUAUUUUCACAGAAUUUUUUUUGUAAAUACAAAAUAAUAUUACACAAAAAGUCAACAUCCUCGGCUCGUUACAUCAUGCAACAUCAUAGACAACAUCAUAAUAUAUAGUACUGUAUUUAUAUAUUAUAUUUGCCUUUUAUUCUUCUGAUCUUAGAUCGAAAUCUAAAUAAAUCAUAUAGUCUGUAAAUUUUUAAUAUAUUCUAAAUUAAGUAAAUGUUGAUUGUUGUCUUAUUAUUUUUCAAGGCAUUUGUUGGAGAGAAGAUCCCACAUUAAAAAUAGGUAACCGAUUUGAGUAAUAUAUAAAGAAGUUAUGUUAUUCCAUUUACCGCCAAUUAGUUUUAAAUUAAAAAUCCAAAAAACUUAUCAUGGUAUCAGAGCGGGUCCACGGCAUGACCUUUUAAUCUGACCCGGAAAAUGGUUCAAGCAUCCCAUAAAUUAAUGGCACAAGAAAGACUUAAUUUCUUCGAGAUAGCUAGAAAAAGAGCAUUAUCUUAGAGCGGUACGAUAAAUUCUGCGAGAUUUAUGAUCAUAUGUAUCAUUAUCUUAAAAGAAUGUGUUGGAGAGAAGAUUCUAUAUUGAAAAUAUGUAAGAGAUUUGAAUAAUAUAUAAGAGACUUUAAUUUGGUCAUUCUACUUACCGCCAAUUAGUUUUAAGUUUAAAGUCUAAAAAACUUAUCAAUACAAGAGUAUUUUAACGAGGCAAAAAAACUCGAAAAUUUCUUAAACGAAAAAGAAAAAAAUUAAAGAAUUUAAAUCUUAAUGAUGACAUAUUAGAUAUUGCGUAUCUACUAGUAAAUUAAUAUGUAUAUGUUCACUACACAAGAAAGCUCGUUAAGGGUAUCUUCAACCUUACUCUAUUGUCCAUUCUAAAAUAGAAUUUAAAAUAAAAAUGCUCUAAUGGUAUUCUAUUUCUCACUCUAUAAUAGAAUGGUUUAUUCUAGAUAUAGAAUAAUUUUUUUUUUGUUCAUAACUCUAUUUUCUAUUCUAAAAUAGAGUAUUAUUAAAACAAACUCAAACUCUAUUAUAAAGUUACUCUAUUUUAAAGUAAAAAAUAAUGUAAACUAUCGGAGAUUGUGUAAGAAAAUAUGUCUAUGUUGAACUUUGAAAUCUUAUUGCAUUUUAAUCUAGAUGCAAUUAAAGGGAGGGAGACAUACGGCCCUUACAUGAUUUGAUCAUACCCCCUUUUAACAUAGUUGUUUAUUUUCAUCCUUAAAGACCAAUUAUAUGUGCACGCAAGAAACUCGCCCUUCUGUGUCUGUAUAACAUUAUAGACUAUCAAGCGAUAUUAUUUUGAAAACAAAUUGCAAUACUAUCACGUUCGUCACCCAACUGCCUGUCAUAAAUUUGAGUUUGUGCCUUCUGAUUUUCACAUAAUGUUCCAAACUAGUGACGCUGGACUGGCCCUAGCUGGGUAUCUUUGAUUAAUGUAAUAUGUAUCUGUCACACGUUAUAUGUAAUUUACAUUAUUAUUCGUAAGACCCAAAUAAAAUACUCCAAGUUGCACUUAAAUAAAUAGUUUCGUGUGCGACUGCAUACACAUAAUUAUAUUAUUUCUCGGUUCGACCCAAAAAAAGAAAAUUUUUAAUUUCAAAAUUAAACUUAUCAAAUCAAAAUGAAAAUACAAUAAAAUGUCUGUAAUCGAAACUGAUAUGCAUAAUACAUCAACUCAAUAAGAAUCAUAUAUAGCCAUAAAACCUAGCACAAACAACAAAGUCCACCGUUUAAAGUGUUCAUACUAUUUGAAGAGACUGCAAUAAUUAAUAAUCAGGAAACAAAUUCAAUGAAUGUUCCCUUAAGGGUAUGUUCAGUCCUUCCUUACAUUUAGGUUGGAACUUGUAUACUGAGAAAUAUAAAUAUGAUUUACGCUUUACAAUUAUCAUUAAAAACUGUUUCCUGACUAAAGGAGAUUCGGAUAUACAGCUAGGUUUGUUAUCAAUAUCACUAGUUACUUUGUUUAACAACCUUAACUAUAACUAGCUCUUGUAAAAACCUUAACUAUAACUAAUUAUCGAUCGAAAAAAAAAAUUCAUUUCUUAAAUUUAUGAUUAUAUCUAAGUCAAAAACAUGUUUUGUAUAGCAUCACUUUUUGAGAUUUUACUAGCUAUACCACCAUAAAUAGACCACCAUAUUGUAACUCUUUCAUUAUUAUUUUGUAGAUCCACGUACUUCACUAUCUGACCAUCAAACGUGCUAAUUCAACUGGAAUAGUUUAGUUUAAUAUGUGUGACAAAAAAAACUUUAAUACUAUUUGUUAGUGGUUUGUAAUCUAACGUAGAGCACCUCACAUGUAACAGUAGCUCUGGCCAUUGAUGCGUCGAAGUUGACCAAAAAUUUUGAUUCUCUUAAUAAUUAUGACAAUAAUGAUGUUAUGAGUUAAUCUAACUUAAACCAAAAGACAAUCUUUCUAUAUAUUUCUGGAAUUUUUGUAAGUGAUAUCUAAACUUAUAAUUCGAUCAUUAUCCCAACCUACAUUCUUCUUCUUCUUCUUUUUUGAGAAAAGACAAUUGUACUCCGCAUUAAUUACAACAGACACACAGUAAGAGGGACCAAGAGAUGGGAAUAUAGAGUGCACGAGAUUCCAUAUUGUUCAUGUUUAAAUUACAUACGUAACAGUUUAAGAGUUAUAUGCAACAGUACCGCGCGCAUAAGUUAAAAAAAAAUAACAGUACCGCAUAUGCAGAACGGACCACUAAUUAUUCCUCAAAAACCAAAGUACAACUCUCUACUUCAUCCCAUCUAUGUGUAUGUAAGUUAGUGUAAGGACCGAGGGCUAAAAUAAUUGCAUAGGCUAUGGAUAGACACAUGGGCUACAGCAUACAUUUGUGAAUAUUACAAUUAUUUCAUCAAAAGUAAAAUACUCCUCAGCUAUAUAUGUAUAUCAUUAUAAUUAUUUAAAACUUCGUUGGUGAAAAGAAAAGUGGUCUGCUAUAUAUAGCCAAAGACUAGCAAGAAAAUAGAAGUUGUGAGUUUAGAAGCUACUGCAAAUUACAAAAAAAAAUGGAGAGUCUGAUGAUGAUGGAAACGGCCAAGACCAUUUGGUGGAUAAUAGUUAUAGGAGCGCUAGGUUUAGGGUUUCGUAUAUACAGCAAAGCCAUGACGGAGCAAUGGAGGAUGCGGAGGAGGCUGACGAUGCAAGGUGUGAAGGGUCCUCCGCCGUCGCUAUUUCGCGGAAACGUGCCGGAGAUGCAAAGAAUUCAAUCACAAACAAUGAUCAAUAAACACUACUCUGGUGAUAAUAUCAUCGCACAUGACUACACUUCUUCUCUCUUCCCCUAUCUCGAUCAUUGGCGAAAACAAUACGGGAGGGUGUACACAUACUCGACGGGGAUGAAGCAACACUUGUACGCAAACCACCCUGAGGUGGUGAAAGAGCUUAACCAAGCCAACACUCUUAACCUUGGCAAAGUCUCCUACGUCACCAAACGCCUUAAAUCCAUUCUCGGCCGUGGCGUCAUCACAUCUAAUGGGCCUCAUUGGGCCCAUCAACGCCGUAUCAUCGCCCCUGAGUUCUUCCUCGACAAAGUCAAGGGAAUGGUUGGUUUGGUGGUUGAAUCGGCGAUGCCAAUGCUUAGCAAAUGGGAAGAGAUGGUUAAAAGUAGAGAAGGUGAAACAUUUUGUGACAUAAGAGUGGACGAAGACCUAAGAGCUGUCUCUGCUGAUGUCAUCUCUAGAGCUUGCUUUGGGAGCUCUUUCUCCAAAGGCAAAGAGAUCUUCUCUAAGCUUAGAUGUCUUCAAAAGGCCAUCACUCACAAUAACAUCCUCUUCAGCCUCAAUGGCUUCACUGAUAUUGUGUUCGGGACUAAGAAGCAUGGGAGUGGAAAUAUUGAGGAGCUAGAGAAGCAUAUCGAGUCUUUGAUAUGGGAAACAGUUAAGGAGAGAGAGAAAGAAUGUGUGGGAGAUCACAAGAAGGAUCUAAUGCAAUUGAUACUAGAAGGAGCAAUGAGUAGUUGUGAUGGUAGCUUGGUGGACAAGGCAUCAUCUUACAAAAGUUUUGUGGUGGACAAUUGUAAGAGCAUCUAUUUUGCUGGCCAUGAGACCAGUGCGGUUGCUGUUUCUUGGUGUCUUAUGCUCCUUGCUCUAAACCCUUCUUGGCAAACUCGGAUUCGUGAUGAAGUCUUGCGUUUCUGUACGAAUGGUAUCCCCGACAUAAAUUCUAUUUCCAGCCUCAAGACGGUGACAAUGGUUAUUCAAGAAACGUUGAGGUUAUAUCCACCAGCAGCAUUUGUGUCAAGAGAAGCACUUGAGGACACAAAACUUGGAAACCUCGUGGUGCCAAAGGGAGUAUGCAUCUGGACAUUGAUCCCUACGUUGCACAGAGAUCCCGAGAUAUGGGGAGCUGAUGCAAAUGAAUUUAGGCCAGAGAGAUUCAGUGAAGGUGUCUCUAAAGCUUGUAAAUACCCUCAGUCCUUCGUUCCGUUUGGCUUAGGUACAAGGCUGUGUUUAGGAAAAAACUUUGGUAUGAUGGAGCUCAAGGUUCUUGUGUCUCUUAUUGUGUCAAGGUUUAGUUUUACUCUAUCUCCCACAUACCAACACUCUCCAGUGUUUAGAAUGCUUGUUGAGCCUCAACAUGGUGUUGUCAUUAGGGUUAUUCCAAAUUAAAUAAGAUCUUAUGAUAUAUAUAUAUGGUGCUAGCUUGUGGCUUUAGUUUUUACUCCCUUAAUAGUAACAAUAUUUUCUUUCA